CUUUCCAGUUUCCUCUCCUGAGGGUUUUGAAUGGCUUAUAAAUACCUGCCCUGAGUAUGAGAGCACAAAAGACAAGCUCCACAUCCUCUGGCUUUGCCUUUCUGCAGUGCUGUGUCAGGCUUGGGCCAGGAACAAUGAGGCUCUCAAUCUGCCUUAUGUUGCUCUCCUUUGCUCUCUGUGCAAAUGCUGACUGGUCAGGAAUAAAAGACUCAAUACGCCGAGGUGGAGCGUUUGUCCGGGAUGCAGUAGGAGGGGCAAAGGAUAUGUACAGAGCAUACCAGGACAUGCGCGAAGCAAAUUAUAUAGGUGCUGACAAAUACUUCCAUGCUCGUGGCAAUUAUGAGGCUGCCCGAAGAGGACCCGGUGGUGCUUGGGCAGCCAAAGUGAUCAGUGAUGCCCGGGAAAGGAUCCAAGGCUGGACUGGUCGAGGUGCGGAUGACACCGCUGCUGACCAAGCAGCGAACGCCUGGGGCAGGAAUGGCGGGGAUCCCAACCGGUACCGACCCGCUGGCCUUCCUCACAAGUACUGACGCUGCCCCAGGAGGACACUGUGCUCCCCUCACCUUCUGCUCCCCUCAUCACUCUUCUUCCCUCACCCUCAGCUCCCCUCACACUCCU